AUGCUUUUACGCCAUGUUUGUCUUCAACAAAGAACCCUCGUCUUGGCAAGCUGUCGUCGUCGUGCCGUUGGCAGUGGUGGUACCACUUUCAAUACUUGGCGUCGUACUAUUGGCAUUCUUUCCCAUCAGCACCAAGAUCGGUCGCAUCUCAACGUCAUCAACUUCUUCGAUCCAGCAUUGGCGCCUGCACCACCUUAUUACACUCUGAACCAUGGCGCAAGUGGGUUUGCAAAGAGCGACAAGGCACCUACAUCCACUCCUGAAGAAGAUGCUCUUUAUACCAGUGUUCAAGUGGGUGAUGAUGCUUACUUUUUACGACGAGACGCAUUGGGUGUUGCUGAUGGCGUGGGAGGUGCCAAUCCAGCUCUUUAUGCACGCAAGUUGAUGCAUUACGCUCAAUUGGAAUUGGAUCGCAUCUACAGCAACAAACGUCCUCUUCAUGUGCAGCAACAAGAGAAGAUGGAUCCUGUGCUUGUCCUCGAGAAUGCUUAUCACCUGACAUCACUGGAUGCUCAAAAUGAGAAUAUUGUGGGAUCAACGACAGCUUGUAUUGCUAUGCUUUGUCAAGAUGAACUUCGUGUAGCCAACUUGGGUGAUUGUGGCGUAUCCAUCAUUCGCAAAGAUGAUUACCUUUUUCGAUCCGAAGAACAGCAACAUUCUUUCAACUUCCCCUACCAGCUUGGUACAGCAUCAUUUGAUUAUCCUUCAGACGCACAGCAAUUUUCAGUCAAGAUCGAAGAAGGAGACGUAUUGAUUGUGGCAUCCGAUGGUUUAUAUGACAACCUAUUCGACGACGAAAUUCUUGAAGAAGUACAAGCUUGUAUACGUGAUUGUGAACAAGGGCAAUCCAUCCCACAAUUGAUAUCCGAAUCCCUUUCUCAACGUGCCAAAAUCGUCAGCGAAGAUAUCAAUAACCCGGCAUCACCUUUUCAGAGCAGAGCAAUGCAUGAGGGCAUGUACUAUCAGGGUGGCAAGGCGGAUGAUAUUACUGUGUUGGUUGCCAUGAUAAAGCGCGAAGAGAGCCCACCGAUCCAAUCACCACCACCAUUACCUUGA